ACCAAUGACUGCCAACACAGGCUAUGUGUUCAGCCAUUGAACUUGAUCGGGUUUUCAUCAAACUUCUAAUCUCAGUGUCACUCUCCGUUGGAGUUUUACUUUUCUUCAGUUUUUUUCGACUCAGGAAAAGAAAGACAGAAAUUGCUGAUAGCCUGGAAGAGCAGGACUUUGCUGUUGCCAGCUUCAGUGACUUACAGAAAGAAAACGAAAUGCUGGGGAAAGAUAAGCACCAUGAAGCCCAAACUCUGGGAAUCGGUAAAGCUAUUGCAGUUCUUACAUCAGGAGGAGAUGCACAAGGAAUGAAUGCAGCUGUACGAGCAGUGGUGAGAGUGGGCAUCUACACUGGUGCCAAAGUGUACUUUGUACAUGAGGGUUAUCAAGGACUGGUCGAUGGAGGUGACAACAUUCGGGAAGCCACCUGGGAAAGUGUGUCAAUGAUGCUGCAGUUGGGUGGCACUGUAAUAGGAAGUGCACGAUGCCAGGAUUUCCGAAAUCGAGAUGGUCGUCUUAAAGCAGCAUGUAACCUUGUGAAGAAAGGAAUUACUAACCUAUGUGUCAUUGGAGGAGAUGGCAGUCUGACAGGAGCGGAUACUUUCAGAGCAGAAUGGAGUGGACUGCUAGCUGACCUAUUGAAAGCAGGGAGAAUAUCAUCUGAUGAGGCCAACAAAUCUAGCCACCUAAAUAUCGUCGGUAUGGUGGGUUCCAUUGAUAAUGACUUCUGUGGCACAGAUAUGACUAUUGGAACUGAUUCCGCUCUUCACAGAAUUAUGGAGAUUGUGGAUGCAAUUACUACAACAGCACAAAGUCACCAAAGGACCUUUGUUCUUGAAGUGAUGGGUCGCCACUGUGGAUACUUGGCUCUAGUAACAGGUCUGGCUUGUGGAGCAGAUUGGAUUUUUAUUCCAGAGUCUCCACCAGAAGAAAACUGGGAAGAACAUCUCUGCAGAAGACUAAGUGAGACUAGAUGUCGUGGAUCAAGAUUAAACAUCAUAAUCGUUGCUGAAGGAGCUAUUGACGUGGAUGGUAAAGCUAUUACAUCAGAAGACAUAAAAAAUCUAGUUGUAAAGCGCCUUGGCUAUGACACAAGAGUCACCGUUCUUGGACAUGUUCAGCGUGGUGGGACUCCUUCAGCUUUUGACAGAAUUCUGGGAAGUCGAAUGGGCGUUGAAGCUGUCAUGGCUUUGCUGGAAGGUACACCAGACACGCCUGCUUGUGUGGUCAGCCUGUCUGGAAAUCAAGCAGUCAGACUGCCAUUAAUGGAGUGUGUUCAAGUGACCAAAGAUGUGACCGCAGCCAUGACUAAUAAAAAAUUUGCUGAAGCUCUUAAAUUAAGAGGAAGGAGUUUUGAAAACAACUGGAGUGUCUACAGGACGCUGGCUCACAUAAGGCCCCCUUCCACAAAGAGUGGUUAUAACUUGGCUGUUUUGAAUAUUGGUGCCCCUGCUGCUGGCAUGAACGCUGCAGUAAGAUCCACUGUCAGAAUUGGCAUUAUCCAAGGCCACAGGAUGUUUGCUGUGCAUGAUGGAUUUGAGGGCCUUGCCAAAGGACAGAUAGAAGAAAUUGGAUGGGGUGGUGUUGGAGGAUGGACUGGACAAGGAGGAUCUAGACUUGGAACUAAAAGGGUGCUGCCAAAGAAAUACUUUGAGGAAAUCAGUGCAAAUAUAAGCAACUUUAACAUACAUGGCCUGAUCAUUAUUGGCGGUUUUGAGGCAUUUACAGGCAGUCUGGAACUGGUGGAAGGACGUUCUAAGUAUGAGGAGCUAUGUAUACCUAUUGUUGUUGUUCCAGCCACCGUCUCAAACAAUGUCCCCGGAUCUGACUUUAGUAUUGGUGCCGAUACAGCUCUCAACACCAUAACCACUACCUGUGACCGAAUCAAGCAAUCUGCUGCUGGAACAAAGAGGAGAGUGUUCAUCAUUGAAACCAUGGGAGGUUACUGUGGAUACUUGGCUACUAUGGCAGGGCUAGCUGCUGGAGCAGAUGCAGCCUAUAUUUAUGAAGAUCCCUUUUCUAUACAUGAUUUGCAGGUUAAUGUGGACCAUCUUAUAGAAAAAAUGAAAACGACUGUGAAGAGAGGUUUAAUUUUAAGGAAUGAAAAAUGCAAUGAAAACUACUCCACCGAUUUUAUAUUUAAUUUGUAUUCAGAGGAAGGAAAAGGCAUCUUUGACAGCAGAAAAAAUGUCCUUGGUCACAUGCAGCAGGGAGGAACACCCACUCCAUUUGACAGGAAUUUUGGUACAAAAAUGGGUGCAAAAGCUGUGCUAUGGAUGACCGGAAAAGUGAAGGAGUGUUCUAGACAUGGUCGCAUAUUUGCAAACACAGCAGAUUCAGCCUGCUUAUUGGGAAUGCGCAAGAGAAGCCUAGUUUUCCAGCCCUUGUCAGAACUCAAAGAAGAGACUGAUUUUGAACAUCGCCUGCCCAAGGAGCAGUGGUGGUUGAAACUUCGCCCCAUCCUCAAGAUUUUGGCUAAAUACAACAUCAACCUGGACACAUCAGAGACAGCACACAUCGAGCACAUUACCAGGAAGAGAUCUGUAGAGUCCUAAGUCUGGAAAAUGAUUGCCAUGUACUUUUAACCUCAAAUGGCUUUUCUUUGUUAUUUUUGGGAAAUAGAAUAAACUAAUUUCUUGCAUGUAAUGGAGGCAGCUAUUUUGCAUGCUGAAACAGUAGUAACUAGAAAACUUCCAAAAUGUUGGAAUUGGAGAUCUAAAGGAAACUGGAGGUAAAUGUUGCCUUUAGUUUCAAUUUUCAUCUUUUUUUUCACAGUUAUGAUAUCGUGUUCAGACUACAGCAUGGCUAACUCCAAUAUGUGCAGGCAAUGGAUGCACUUUUAUUUCAGGCCCUGGGUAUUUAAAGCAACCUUAAUAUCAUAUUUUUUUUUCUCUGAGUAAAAGGUCUUGGUUUGUGUUGAAUUAUAGUUUAAAAAAAAUAAAACAAUAAAGUGGCAAGCGUUGCAUUUUUAAGUGUAACAUCAGAGCACGUUCCCUGCAAUGACGAUUAGUAAAGGUGCCAGUCACAGCAUGUUGUAAUGUGUUCCUGAAAUGAGAAAUGGAACUGAGAGUGUUUCAUCACAUCUGAAAUCCAGACUUGUAGUAUGUAAAAUCUGCAGGGAAGGAGAAAAGAAGUGUUGACCACAGAAAUCAAUUAGAUAUUUGCUAUCUUUUUCUAGUAUGCACUAGAACAGGGGUCUCCAAACUGUGGCCCGAGGGCCGGAUGUGGCCCUUUGCUAGCGUUUAUCCGGCCCUUGGGCACUAUUCCUCCCACUGACACCAACAAUGGGGCCCUAUUUCUUCCACUGAUACCAAUGAUUGGAUACUAUGCCUCCUACUAAGAGGGACACUACUCCUCCUAUUGACCACCAACCCUGAGUACAUAUGUAUUCUUACUGAUGCAGAGCCCCGGACAUUUCAACCCCCGCUAGCCACAAUCCGGCCCUCCUAAAGCCUGAAGGACAAUAAACUGGCCCUUUUGUUUGAAAAGUUUGCAGACCCCUGUACUAGAAGAACAACUCCUAACAUAUAAUUGGUUGUUAUGGCAACAUGAUUGAUUUCAUUUCUCUAUCUACGAUAGCUCCUAAUUAGAUAGUUUUACUAUUUUUCAUUAUAGUAGUACUGUUUCAAGAGGAUAACCCAUCUAUUGAAAUAAACUUGAAAGCUUUG